AUGUGUCUCAGUCGUCCAGAGAACGAAGUCGACGAAGAGACGACUCGAUUGGCGCUUGCUGGACUCGUAGCAGGUUGCCUAACGGAGGAGGACUGGAUUGUCGACUCCGGCGCCAGCACCCACCUCGUCAAACACAGCUGGAUGCUGUAUGAUUGGGAGGAGUGCGACGACCCCAAUGGCGUGACGCUGCCUGACAAAAGUACGCUGCGGGUGACGCGACGCGGCAAAGCGCGACUGCGCGUGAAGGUGGACAGCGAGGCGUACUGGAUCGAGCUGCGCAACUUCAACUACGCGCCGAAGCUGGCCAUUAACCUCAUCUCCCUCGGCACACUCAUGCUACAGGGCUGCCGCCUCGCCAACAAAAACAACAGACACGCAGUGAUGAUCGACGACGACGUCGUGAUGUACUUCCAGAUCAAACAGAAUGUCCUUAUCGUCUAA